AUGUCCACAACUCAGACCAUCGUCCCGUUGGUAAACCUCUCCUCCGAUCAGCAUUCACGGAUUCGCCUUGAUGCAAAUGGAAAUGACUCAACCGGUCUUGAAUCUCUUUCCGAUCCGCAACCUCCACCCUCUGCCGCAGAAGCAAUCCCCAAUGGAGGCUAUGGCUGGACUGUGGUCGCCUCAUGUUCUUUUCUUCUCUUCUGGAUUAACGGCUACACGACGGCCUGGGGCGUCCUGCAAACAGCCAUCCUGAAAUCGCCCAAUUUGAACACGAACGUGCGUACCAUCACCUUCGUUGGCAGCCUGUAUAUGGCUUGCAUGGUCGCUUUUGGCAUUGCUUCGAUAAGAGUUAUGAGGUCCUUCGGCGUGCGGUACACUGCUCUUGCUGCCACGACAGUGUUUGGAGUGGGGUUGAUUGCUACGAGUUUCACGUUGGACCAUCUUGGUGGGCUGUUCUGCAUCGCAGGGCUGCUAGUGGGAGUUGGUACAUCGCUGCUGUAUACUGCGACAAACAGUUUGCCACUGCAGUGGUUCAGCUCGAAACUUGGUAUUGCGAAUGGCGUUGUCAAGGCUGGUGGUGGCGUAGGUGCCACGAUACUGCCGCUCGCAGCGCAGGCACUUAUCGAUAAAUUCGGAUUGGAGUGGACGUUCCGUGUCCUAGGCAUCCUUAUCAUGGCCACUGGAAUACCAUGCACUUUAUUGUUGAAGGAACGUGCGACUACUGGAACGCUCUCCCGGUUCGAUUGGUCGCUUUUGAAGAACGUUCCGUUCCUUACGCUGACCAUGGCUGGUGCCGUUGGCGUCUUUGCUCUCUUCGUACCGCCCUUCUUCUUGCCACUGUUUGCGAGUUCGAUCGGUCUGCCAGCGUCGACUGGUGCGGGUUUAGUCGGCGGAUUCGGUGCUGCGACAGCAGUAGGUCGUAUCCUGGGCGGAUUGACUUGCGAUAAGAUCGGCAGUUUCAACACCUUGAUGAUCACCUGCUUGGUCAAUUCGGUCAGCAUGCUAGCCAUCUGGCCAGUAAGCACAUCAUUGCCACCUCUCUUCAUCUUCGCUCUUGUCAACGGAUGCGCCAAUGGAAGCUUCUUUGUCAGUCUGCCUACUGCCGUUGCUGUGGUAGCUCCCCACUCUGCUGCUGCGUCGAUUGCUUUGAUGGUGUUCUUUUGGACUCCAGGCUAUUUGUUAGGAGCUCCUCUUGCCGGGCUAUUGAUUGAAGCGACAGGUGCGGCAGAUGCUUCAUCGAUCGAGCCGUAUCGGGCUGCUAUCUUCUACGCCGCUGGGACAGGUGUCUUGACGACACUUCUUAUCGUCAUCGCACGACUACGGUUGGACACAAAGGUGUUGAAGAGGCUGUGA